AUGGACCCCUUUGCGGACACCCUGCAGCGGCUGCGGGAGGCCUUCAGCUCGGGGCGCACACGGCCAGCAGAGUUCCGGGCCGCCCAGCUGAACGGUCUGAGCCGCUUCCUGCGAGAGAACAAGCAGCUUCUGCUGGAGGCGCUGGCUCAGGACCUGCACAAGUCAGCCUUCGAGGCAGAGGUGUCUGAAAUCAGCAUCAGCCAGAACGAGAUUAACUUGGCCCUUAGGAACCUGAGGGCCUGGAUGAAGGAUGAGAAAGUGUCCAAGAACCUGGCCACUCAGCUGGACUCGGCCUUCAUCCGGAAGGAGCCCUUCGGCCUGGUGCUGAUCCUCUCCCCCUGGAACUACCCCUUGAACCUGAGCCUGGGGCCCCUGGUGGGCGCCCUCGCAGCAGGGAACUGCGUGGUCCUGAAACCCUCGGAGAUCAGCAAGAACACUGAGAAGGUCCUGGCCGAGGUGCUGCCCAGAUACCUGGACCAGAGCUGCUUUGCCGUGGUGCUGGGCGGGCCCCAGGAGACUGGGCGGCUGCUGGAGCAUAAGUUCGACUACAUCUUCUUCACGGGGAACCCUCAAGUCGGCAAGAUUGUCAUGACUGCCGCCGCCAAGCACCUGACGCCCGUCACGCUGGAGCUGGGAGGCAAGAACCCCUGCUACGUGGACGACAACUGCGACCCCGAGACUGUGGCCAACCGGGUGGCCUUCUUCCGCUGUUUCAAUGCCGGCCAGACCUGCGUGGCCCCCGACUACGUCCUGUGCAGCCCUGAGGUGCAGGCGCAGCUGGUGCCCGCCCUGCAGAGCGCCAUCACCCGUUUCUAUGGCGACGACCCCCAGAGCUCCCCGAACCUGGGCCGCAUCAUCAACGAGAAGCAUUUCCAGCGGCUCCGGGGCCUCCUGAGCUGCGGUCGCGUGGUCAUUGGCGGCCAGAGUGAUGAAAGUGAUCUCUACAUCGCCCCCACGGUGCUGGUGGACGUGCAGGAGACCGAGCCGGUGAUGCAGGAGGAGAUCUUCGGGCCCAUCCUGCCCAUCGUGAACGUGAGGAGCCUGGGCCAGGCCAUCGACUUCAUCAACCGUCGGGAGAAGCCCCUGGCCCUCUAUGUCUUCUCCAAGAGCAGCCAGGUGGUGAAGCGGGUCCUGGCCCAGACCAGCAGCGGGGGCUUCUGUGGGAACGACGGCUUCAUGCACUUGACCUUGGCCAGCCUGCCUUUCGGAGGAGUGGGUAGCAGCGGGAUGGGCAGCUACCAUGGCAGGUUCUCCUUCGACACCUUCUCCCACCACCGCGCCUGCCUGCUGCGCCCCCCGGGGCUGGAGAAGAUCUACGCCAUCCGCUACCCGCCCCACACUCCGCGCAACUUGAGGGUGCUGCUGAUGGCUAUGGGGACCCGCAGCUGCAGCUGCACCCUGCUCUGA